AUGUAUAUAGGUGUAGUCAUAGCAACUUUAACUAUUUUCUGUGACUUUAAUGUGAUACGGUGUUUGGGUCUAGCAGUGGAAUCUGGCCUAGCGUUCAGUCCGCCGCGCCCAUACUUGAGGAGAAUAAAGGUUAAAAACAGAAUUAGCAGAGAUGAGCGCAAAAGAAGGUCCGAGUUCUCCAAACAGCUGCACAAGGAGUUGAGAAUGAAGUACUGGCGGCGAAUAGAUCCCAAAAUUAACGAAAUAUUGAAGUUCGAUGACCCGCUAGCAGAAUCCUACGACCUAGACCCUAAAAGGGGAUUCGUGGUUCAGGAGGUUAUACCGAGGAUGGUUUACGUGUCAGACUCCCUGAAGCCACUGCCCCUAGACGAAAGCCGUUCUGAGGAGUUCGACAGACAGGCUGGGUUGCAGUUUCUGGCGAACAUCGCGGCGGUAACUGGUGUGUUCGUCAAAGAGUUCGAGAGCCGGAAGGGCCUCUCGUUUCUCAGCGAAAUGGGACCAUCGGAGCUGCUGACGCGCCUGGAAACGGACAUAUCCUACAUCUCGUCGCUUUUAAACGUGGAGCAACAAAGCCUCAGUCGGAGCUGUCUGGAGUACGUGGAGUUCCUGAAGUCGCUCUGCGAAAAAAGUGAAAUAAGGUUUUUAUCGCAGUGCUACGUCUUCUUCAAGGAGUGGCACGUUUCCAAGAAGACGCUCCUCACGAACCUCAGGGACCACCUGCGGCUGGUGAACAAGCUCAAGUGCUCGUUUUACGACCCUGAUGCGAGGAACCUGGAGGGAGUCUUGAACUUGAUGGCGUCUGAGUGGACGAGGAGGCAGAAGGACGAGUUUUUAAACGAAAUUCCGCUGGCUUAUCAGAAGCUAUCGGAGUCGCUGGUCAUGCCCUUCGUGUAA